UGAGGGUGGGAAAAAAAUUUAUAUAUAGGAAGGUGAAUUUUUGUUGAGAUCGACUCCAAGUUCGGAACACUUCGAGUCCUUUUUCUCUCCAUGGAAAGUUCAUUUUUUUUCAAACUAAAUGACUAUUUAGAAAAGGAAUCUCAAUGCCGUGAGAAUCUGAGAGAAUGUCGAGAUCGAUGCGACGCUGCCGUACGUUCAGCAGCAGUUUUAGUCGAAUCGUUGCAUAAGGAAAGAGAUCUCUCUUCCAAACUUCAAGAACUCUACGAGUCACUAAGAGAAGUUGCCAGUGGUUUUGUUCGUCUUCAGUCAAAUGUUCCCGUAGAUGAGUACUAUAAAUAUAACGAGCUGUGGAGAAGUUCCUUAUCUCAAGCAGUUGCCGUCGGUUGCCUCGUAUAUUACUUGGAUUGCAAUCAGUUGGCUGACAUUUUUGUUCUUGAAAGAAUUUUUUGUCCUAAAGAACCAGAAGCGUCUUCUGUGAGAAUUGAGUUGGAAGAUUACCUUGUUGGCGUAUGCAAUCUUGUUGGCGAAUUGUCGAGAUUGAGUGUGAACCGUGUCACAAUAGGAGACUUUGAGUUUGCUGUUAAAGCCGCAAAAUUUUCUUCCGAGGUUUUGGCGGGUUUCAGACUACUUAAUUUUCGCAACGAUUAUUUACGAAGAAGAUUUGAUGGGAUGAAAUAUGACGUAAAAAAGUUAGAAGAAGUUGUUUAUGAUAUCUCCAUCCGUGGACUUUUAAAAUAGAACUAUCGCCUAGUUUGACAAAUU